GGGUCUGCCCAUGGCGUGAUGUCAUCGCGCCGUGCGCUGAUUGGUCAGCCGGCAUCACACCAGGCUGACGCGGCGCCGGGCCGCGAUGUUUACGUGCAACACCGUGUGAUGUCAACACGCAACUCCGGCAUUUCUCAACAUUCUAACCCGCUUUCUGCUCAUCUAUCACCCCUAAGGUGUGUGGACACCAAAGCUGCUGAUACAGCCUUUGCUAGAUACUUCUAGCCUUGGUGACUUCUUCCACGUGUGUAUAUAUAACACCAGGCCAAGAUGGUGGCUGCUCGGGUGCUGAAAGGUUUACAUGUGCUGAUGCGAGGGUCAGUACUCUUCAUGGUGGGGGGACUCCUGACCAUCGUGCUCAACCUACUUCAGGUGCAAAGAAAAGUGACCCUGUUCCCCCCUGAGGUCAUGAUUACAAUGUUCCAGUCCGCCUGGUGGGUACCACCAGCCUGUGGAGCAGGAGCAGCCAUUAUAGGACUGAUGUACCCGUGUCUGGAUAACAAGUUGGGAGAACCACACAGGUUCCAGAGGGAGUGGUCCAGUGUCAUGAGAUGUGUCGCUGUCUUUGUAGGAAUCAACCAUGCUAGUGCUAAAAUCAAUUUUGACAACAACAUGCAGUUGUCGUUGACGCUGGCAGCCAUGUCUAUUGGGAUGUGGUGGCUGUUCGACAGGUCACGGAGCGGCUUCGGACUCGGAGUGUUGAUUGCUGUGCUGGCUACAUUCGUUACACAACUCUUGGUCUACCAUGGAGUAUAUAGAUACACAGAACCAGACUUCUUGUACGUUCGUUCCUGGCUACCCUGUAUCUUCUUUUCCGGAGGUGUCACGAUGGGCAACAUAGGCAGACAACUGGCCUUGUAUGAUCCGACCAACAAGGAAAAGGUUGAGUGAAGCGACAGCCAAGACGCAGAUCCAGUUUUCAGCUAUGAGCUCUUCCAGUUUUAGUGAAAAGAUUUUAUUUAGACAAACUGUGAUACAUGUACUACAGUUUUCAGGGAACCAAAUAGUAAGACAUGUUCAUGUGAAAAAUAUUGAUUAUUUGAACAUCAGUGGGUACAUUUUGCUCAGGAAGCACCAUAAUACAUUACAGAAAUGUCUAAAAGCUGCCAUAUGUAAAAGUUCAGGAGGGAUGCAGUACAAAUAGUUCUGUCAUCUCCGGCCAACUUUAUACAGGUUUUACCAAUAUCGGGAUGGCUUUACAGAAGUAUUGCAAGGCAUCCAUGGUGUUAAGCUUGUGAUAAAUUCAAUUUCAAGAAUAGACUUCAGAAUGCAUGAUAUAAUUUGCCUUUGAUAGCCUGAUUUGCCAUUUGUGACUGAAAGAAUUUCUUCCUGCCUUCCUUUUGUUUCAUGUUUUAGGGGAAAGGCAUUUGUAUGAUUUCACUUUGUGCACCAGAAAAAGCUGUCACCAUCUCGAUAUCACCAGAUUAGUGUAAAGUUUCAAGAUUGCAGUCUAUUUUCCUGCUUUCAGUUUAUCCAUGCCCUGACUUUGUAAAUGCACAAGAUUUGAAAUCAUAGAUUUCCUCUAGAUGUGCACCAUUUUGUAAAAAUCUGUACAUUGCUGUGUAGCCGACAUGUAUAUUUGACUGUACAAAACCUAAAAAUUUCAUAACAAAAGAACCCUGAAAAUUUUGUCCUACAAUAUUUUUCCUGGUCCUUAUGAAAUGUGUAGUAGUUAAGAUUAUGGAUGCAAUCAGUACAUAUCAGAUUUCAUCACGUAAUAAAAAUAACAGUUCAGCCACAAUUAUGCAUAUGAUUCGUUUGGAAUUAGAGAAGAAAUUGAAAUUUCUUUUGGAUGGUGGAUUAUGGUGUACAUUGUAUAUCUGGCUGUUGUGUUAAAUUUGCUGCUGAAACUUAUGAGAGAAUUCCAUGCAAGGAGCCGUGUGUUUCUUUCCUUUAUUGUUUACUGACAUGGUUGAUGAAACUCCUGACUUGUUUAGAAUGUAGUGGUUAUUUUAUCAUAAAUGUUGUGCAUUUUCUUUGCUUGUUGUAUCAGCCACACCAUUUCUUAAUGAGGAGACGAAAACAAAGCAUGUUACCGGUAUGAGCCAUUGCUAGUGUUUGUAGUUUGUAUUGGGUAAAGCUUUUUGGCUGAUAGAAAAUUACCAUCUGUUGCAUCUAAGUAAAAUGCACAUUGAAUCCUCUUUUUUAUCAUCAAAGUAUUUUAUUAAUGUUUUUGUUUGAGUUUUAUCAAAUAAAGAGCAUCCCAUGGCAUUGCUCAAACAUGACAGGUUGAUGAAACAUGGUUAAUAUUCCAUGCUGUAUUCUGUUCUCAUAGGGAAAAUACUGAUCUUAAGGUUACUAUUGUCUAUUUGGUGCUUCGUAAAAGUCCAACAUUGGGAUAAGCUUACAUUAUGGAAAGCAUCAAUGUAAUUUAUGUAAACUAAGAACAGAAUAUGUACACAUGUAGAUGAAACUUGGACAAGCCUGAGUUGAUUUUUUGCUUGGAAUCUGUAUAUGUUUGACACUGUACAAUGGACAGUGAGUUAGCAAAGCAUUUAGUAUUUGUACAUGUACAUACAUGUGUAGAAAAUAAAAAUAUACAAAGCA